AACAAGUGGGUGGAGGCAGAAACAGAUUGUCAGUCUUCAAGUUACCCAUAUGACCAUAACCAUGACCAGUUUCAGUGGAUAAGUAACUGAUCUCUUUGCUUUGCUUCGGACCAGUGAGAUUUUCAUCAUUGUUAUUCAGUGUCAAAGAAACUGAAGGAUCAUUUACGCGAGCUGGUGUAAAGUAUGUUCCUGUGGCACUACUAUCUGGCACUACAGCUGCUGAUAACUAUUCAAAUAUACAAAGCUCAGGGAUGUGACGAAUUUACAGAUCUAGGUCUCAGUCAUGCAAUCAUUGGAACCAGCCUCAAAAUUAGGCUGCUGCUGUACACCAGGGAUAAUGUCACCUGUGGCACCCUGAUGUCCCACACCAACCUGCACGCCCACCCCCAGUUUAACCUGUCCAGACCAACCACAUUCAUUAUUCAUGGGUAUCGGCCCACUGGAUCCCCACCAAUGUGGUUACAGAACAUCACGGAGAUGGUGCUGGCCAGAGAAGAUGUUAACAUCAUAGUAGUUGACUGGAACUAUGGAGCUGCUAAUGUGAAUUAUUUUAAGGCAGUGGAGAACACACACAAGGCAGCUGACAACCUCACUGCUUUUAUUAAGAAGAUGCAGGAACACGGCUCCUCUCUGAGCUCCAUCCACAUGAUCGGAGUCAGCCUCGGUGCUCAUAUAUCAGGCUUUGUAGGUGCCAACCUGAAUGGGUCUAUUGGAAGAAUUACAGCUCUGGAUCCUGCUGGGCCACAGUUUACUGGCACGUCUAAAGAGGACAGACUGGACCCCACAAAUGCCCAGUUUGUGGAUGUCCUGCACACGGACAUGGACGCCCUGGGCUUCAGAGAACCUUUAGGUCACAUUGAUUUCUAUGCCAAUGGAGGAGCAGACCAACCUGGCUGCCCAAGGACCAUCCUUUCUGGAACAAAAUAUUUUAAAUGCGACCACCAGAGAUCAGUGUUUCUCUACCUUGACUCUGUGAAUCAAACUUGCACUCAUAAGGCCUUCCCCUGCUCCUCUUACAAAGAGUUUCUAGAUGGGAAGUGUUUGAACUGCGACUCAUUUGGUUCUGCUGGAUGUCCUGUCUUUGGUUAUGAUAUCACAAAGUGGAGAGAUGUCCUGCUGAAACUUGGCCAAACAAAAACGUUCUUCACCACAAAUUCCGUUUCUCCAUUCUGCAUGACAGGCUACACGGUGGAUGUGGUCAUAUGGAAUAAAGAUGAGCGCUGGGGAUACAUUACUGUUAAACUUCAUGGUGAUGAUGGUAAAGAAGCAGUGGCAACCAUUGACCACAAAGCUUUGAAGUUUAAGAGCUACACAGAAACCAAGUUGUUUGCCCAGUUUGACAAAGAUAUCCAGUUGGUGAAAAAAGUCUCCUUUAAAUUCUCCACUGGGAACGCGUUCAAGCCCAAAUAUAAGCUCCGUGUUCUCCGACUCCGUCUAACACAUCUGGAGGGAAAGAAGAGGCCUCUCUGUCGCUAUGAUGUCAUUCUUGAGGAGGGCAAAGAGGUCACCUUCAGGCCCAUCCCCUGUGAAGAAUCCAACUUCUGAGACCAAAUUAGAUUUCACCACUCGUGCUGGAAGAGAUUCAGCUGACUCUUCAGUUCCUCUGGUGGUUUACACUGCGACAACAGCAUAAUGGCAGCAUUGUGAUCAUUUGUGACCUAAAAAUGAUAUGUGAUAUAUUAUGUGUUCUGUUUAUAUGAGAAUCUAUUUUGUUGUUUUUUUAAAGAAAAGUUUUACAUUUCACUUGUAAAAAAUGUAAGAAGAUUUCAUUUUUUAUUGAUGCAUUUUGGAAAUGAAUUAAUCGCAAACACUGUGAUGAUGAAGACAUUUGAGAUGAAUCUCCGUAAUGUGACUACAACAACAACAUUGAGGCUGGUGUUAAAAGAACAGUGGAUGUUUAUAUUCUUCUUGUCUUCUCUCAGUUCUGAAAAUGACAACAGUGAUGUCAGUUUUAGCCAAGUUCGCAGUUUAGUAAGACUAUUCCAGAUGUAUUAUUUUGUAGAGUCCUAAAUGAAUGAUUUGAAACAUAGAUUUUUUUUACAUAACUGUAUUUAUUUGUAUGUAUAUAUAUAUAUAUAUAAAUCCUUAUUAUCAGUUAAAUCUGUCAAAUCUA